AUGGGAGUCAAAGAAAGUUAUUUAAGAAGAAUAUUUUUUGGGCAGUUGCUUAUUAAUUUGGAUUCACAUAAUCUUAUUACAUAUAAAAGGAUAUCAUCAUCUUUUAAAUAUAAAAACAUAUAUUUAUUAAAUACAAGACAAUAUUCGCAGGGUAUGAGUUCAUUUAAAUUAAAUCCAACCCGAGGAUCUGGUUCUUUUCUAAAGGAAUAUGGCACUAAUUUAACUGAAUUGGCGAAAUUAGGAAAACUUGAUCCAAGAGGAGAAGAAAUCAGAAGAACAAUACAAAUUUUAUCACGUAGAAUUAAAAAUAAUCCAGCAUUAGUAGGACCGGCAGGUGUAGGUAAAACAGCAAUUAUAGAAGGACUUGCACAACAUAUUAUUAAAAAAGAAGUUCCAGAAUCUAUGAAAAACAAAAGUGUAAUAUCUCUUGAUAUAGGGUCUCUUAUAAGUGGAUCAAAAUACCGUGGAGAAUUUGAAGAACGAUUAAAAGGUGUUUUAAAGGAUAUUGAAAAUGCUAAUAGAGAGAUUAUAUUAUUCAUUGAUGAAUUACAUAUAUUAUUUGGACUUGGAAAAACAGAAGGAUCGGUUGAUGCAUCUAAUUUAUUAAAACCAGCAUUAGCACGUGGCCAGCUUCAAUGUUGUGGUGCAACAACUAUUGAAGAAUAUAGAAAAUAUAUAGAAAAAGAUGCAGCACUUGCAAGAAGAUUUCAGCCAGUAUAUAUUAACGAGCCUACUGUCUCGGAUACUAUUUCUAUUCUUAGAGGAUUAAAAGAAAAAUAUGAAGUGCAUCAUGGUGUAAGAAUUACAGAUGCAGCUUUAGUAACGGCUGCAGUAUAUUCAAAUAGAUAUAUAACAGACCGAUUUUUGCCGGAUAAGGCAAUUGAUCUUGUUGAUGAAGCAGCUUCUUCUCUUCGUUUACAACAAGAAUCCAAACCUGAUGCUAUUCAAGAAUUAGAUAAAAUAAUAAUGACACAUCAGAUAGAAUUAGAAAGUUUGCGCAAAGAAUCAGAUGCUAUAAGCAUUGAAAGAAGAGAAAAACUAGAAAAGGAUUUAAAAAAAAAACAAGAAGAAGUUUCUGUAUUAAACGAGAAAUGGAUUAAAGAAAAAAACGAAUUAUUAUCUAUUAAAACAGCACAAGAAAAACUUGAUCGUGCUAGAACAGAUUUAGAACAUGCACAGCGUGAAGGAAACUAUGCACGUGCAAGUGAACUUCAAUAUUCAAUUAUACCUGAAUUGCAAAAAAAAGUUCCUAAAGAGGGAGAUUUAGAUAAAACUAAUUCGCUUCUUCAUGAUUCUGUAACAUCAGAAGACAUAGCCUUAAUUGUAUCUAGGGCUACUAGUAUUCCAACUUCUAGCCUAAUGCGUGGAGAGAAAGAUAAAUUGAUGACUAUGGAAGAUGCUCUAAGGAAAAAAAUACGUGGACAAGAUCAAGCUCUUAAAGUUGUUGCAAAUGCAGUUAGAUUGAGUCGAGCUGGGUUGCAAGAUGAAAAAAGGCCACUUUCAAGUUUCCUGUUUUUAGGGCCUACAGGAGUGGGAAAAACUGCUCUUUGUAAAGCAUUGGCUGAAUUUCUUUUUGACAGUGAAAAUUCCAUGAUACGUUUUGAUAUGUCUGAAUUUCAGGAAAAACAUAGCAUUUCUCGCUUAAUUGGUUCACCUCCUGGAUAUAUUGGAUAUGAAGAAAGUGGUGAACUCACAGAGGCUGUUAGAAGAAAGCCUUAUUCAGUUAUACUAUUUGAUGAACUUGAAAAAGCUCAUCGUGAUAUUUCUAAUUUAUUAUUACAAGUUUUGGAUGAAGGAAGUUUGAAAGAUUCUCAAGGCCGCAAAAUCAAUUUCAAAUCUACUCUUAUAAUUGCUACAUCUAAUUUAGGUUCUGAUAUUUUAAUUAAUGAUCAAUCGCCUGAGGGAACAAUAAGUGAGAAAACCAAAAAGGCCGUUAUGGAAAUUGUAGAAGCCACUUAUCCACCCGAAUUUUUGAACAGAAUAACAGCUAUUCACUGUUUUAAUAAACUUGGACGUAAAUGUUUAAGAGACAUAGUUAAUAUUCGUCUUCAAGAGAUUCAAGAACGAUUAAAUGACCGUAAAAUUGUACUAAACGUAGACGAAGAAUCUAAAGAAUGGUUAAGUGAAAAAGGAUAUUCUUUAACAUAUGGCGCAAGACCACUUAAUCGUUUUAUUGAGGAAAAAAUACUUGUUCCUAUGUCUUCAUUACUUAUACAGGGCAAAAUAAAAUCUAAUGAAACCGUUUUUGUAAAAUUGAACAAAAAUACUUCAGAUUUAGAAGUAUGUUCAAAUCAUUAA